UUGGUUUACACUGCAUCAAUUUCUUUACAAUAUUAUUCUAGAGAAAGUCAGCGUGCACCUGGGUCAUACGCUAUAACUGUAAAAACGACAGAUGAUCAUGUUGUACAUAUAUUGAUACAAAAGAAAGCCGAUACUGGUAUGUAUCACGUGGGAGGUGGUGACGAAUUCCGGACUGUUAGUGAACUUUUAGCGCAUUAUAAUAAUAAUCCUAUGGUUGAAGAAGGCAGUCAGAGAGUGGUUCAUCUGAUGAAUCUGGUUCCGUCUACAUGCGUGCCAGCAGAUGCAAUUGAUGAACGUAUACGAUUAUUGGAAGAAAUUGAUCCUGUAACAAAAAAAUCAGGAUUUCUUGAAGAGUUCGAGCGUAUUCAACAAGUGGACGAUCAGUUUUCUUCGCGUCGGGAGGGAAAGAAAGAACAGAAUGUCAGUCGAAACCGAUACAAGAACAUAGUUCCAUUUGACCAUACCAGGGUCAUUCUGAAGGAUAUCCCACCUAACGAGUCAGAUUAUAUCAACGCCAGCUACAUAAGAUAA